CUGCUUAGUUGACUUGGCCCGUCAAUGAUUGAUAUGUCGAUGGCAUGGGAAUAAGUCAGUGUUAUGUCAACCUCAUCACUCCUAAGUUAAAGGUAACAUGGCCUCGCCUUACAAGCUGCCAUUGCCAACAUCAUAGCCUUUCGUUCACGAGCCACGAACUGACAAAGGUAACGUCACUUAUGAAUAAUUGUUCAGGAGUUUGAAAUGUGUAAGGGUGCUUGGCCUUGAAUGUUUCGUGUCUGCAGAUUGUAUAACGCCUACUACUACAACAAGGGCCAUUGAAGUUAGCUAUUAGCACCCUUUGCUGUGUACUUCGAUAGUUCGGGUGCACUACGUAUUCAAGUUUCACAGCAGUACGACAGUGGGCAGGCUAUGUCCGUGCUAUGCACUGUGUAUACACGUGGUUUCUUUGGCUAACCAUCCAAGCUUUACACGGCUUUUAUACGAAGUUUGAAUGGAACAAGAGUGAAUUCAGCAUUAACUCGUAACGUGAGACAAUUGUUGUAGUUGUGACUCCUUCGGGUGAGAUGAAGUUUCUCAGAAAUAGUGCGCCCAAGCUUGAACAACAGAUGAAAGCUUCGUAAUCCUACACACUGCCACGAGUAGGGAUAAUGCGGGACAACUCUUGCGGAAAACCACAUUCUCUUCAGGUUUUGAGAGGGUUCGUCUCAUGAUAGUGCAGUGUGGGGAGUGAUUGUUCACAGUUCAAACUGUGCGUACCAUACAUGAGACUGCUUCCAAAAUAGCCGAACAACGAUGCAUGUGUGAUACUUCGAUUACUUGGGAAUCAGAGUUAAACUUGAAAUAGUUUAAUUGUUGAAUAAACGAUGGAAUAAAUGUAUGGUUAUGACAUAUAGGAAUGAACUACAUGAUCAACCACAAGAUGAGUCGCACGUGCAGCUUACUUUGUAUCCUCCUUGCAUGUCAAGGUGUACUCGCACAGUUUUACUCAAGCAACGAAAUUCGUCGUUUUCCUAGAGAUGUAAGCUCCGAACUGUCUGGAAUGUCUAGCUCAGUAUACAGCCAAGAGGAAACUCGGGACAUUCAAGAGGAAAUUCUAAACCUUUUGGGUUUGAAGCGAAGACCACGACCCGAAGCAGUGAAAAGCACGCAGAAUCACUCGGCGCCAUUGUUUAUGCUGGAUCUUUACCGUUCCUUAAAUGUCAAGGAAUUCGAGGACGAGGAUUUGGAUCUGUACUUUCUUUCAGACGACACACUACCAUGGAUGCCUGGCACAAUGUUUAACUAUACAUCGAAUGAGGUAUCAGCUGUCAACCAGGCCGAUACAAUCAUGAGUCUACCAGUUCAUUAUAAAGAGAGAGCAGUCUCCAAGCAUGGUCCGCAUCGAUAUCAUUUUGAUCUGACUCGCAUACCUGAGGAGGAGACAGUUACUGCUGCCGAACUACGAGUUUUUCGCUACAGUACAAGCUAUUCGGCUGGUAAUGGCACCUAUAGGAUUAACAUCUACCAAGUCAUACCUCAAGAUCAAGAGAAUGGAAGAUCUCGAUCUAUGGCAUACCUGGAUGGGCAGGUGGUUGGACGUGCUGACCAUGGAUGGUUAGUGUUUGAUGUUUCUAUGGCCAGUUCAACAUGGAGAACAUAUCCACGUGCUAAUAUGGGAUUGCAGGUGACAGUGGAAACAUUAGAUGGUGAGCUAGUGGAUCCCAGUGCAAUCGGUCUAGUGGGAGUGGACAGUGAGCAAGGCAAAGAACCAUUCAUGGUGGCAUUCUUCCAAGGUUUCUCUCAGCCUCAAGCACCCAGAAUAAGAAAUAGAAGGAGCACUUCACGAAAAAGUGCCAGGAGAAGACAACGACCAGAAACUAUCGACACGGACACUAACUCACUCAACGACCUGGGCUCUCCCUCUCGAAACCCUAACUCAGCAUCAGUCAGGCAGCGAGAGUGCCAAAAGAGGUCACUGCAGGUCAACUUCAGGGAUCUGGAAUGGCAGGAUUGGAUCAUUGCACCACAUGGUUAUGCAGCUUUCUACUGCGAAGGUGAAUGUGCCUUUCCAUUGAAUGACUACCUGAAUGCUACCAACCAUGCUAUUGUACAAACAUUGGUCAAUCUGAUGAGUCCUGAAGCCGUACCACAAGCGUGCUGUGCACCCACUAAACUCAGUGCCAUAUCUGUCUUGUUCUUUGAUGAUAGCUCCAACGUCAUUUUGAAGAAGUAUCGGAAUAUGGUUGUGCGUGCCUGUGGUUGUCACUGAGCGCUGUGAACUUUUACAUUAUUGAUAAAACGAAUGUUACUUGAUGUUGGGGAGUGUAUAAAACAAUGACAUAUAAGAACAUAUGAUCAGUAAUGAUAAAGCAAGUCACGCUGACUGGUGCAACACUGUCAAAAAAUGAUCAAAAUGACAUCCUUCCUUUCGCUGGGUAUGUUCCAAUAGCUUCCUGGGAUCGCCUAGGGCUAAGCCAAUGCAGACGGGUAAGCCGCGUAUAAGUUUUGAGGUCGUCCCUUUUCCGUCUUAAAAACAAAUGGUCCACCGGCUAGAAAAAAAAAUAGUCUCUUUACUGGCAAUAAGCUCAUUAACUUAUUCAAUUUAGACCUCCAAACUGGGUUCAUUUUUUAUGUUAUAAGUAACAUUUUUCGAAAUAUUCACCACAACCGGCAUUAGAGCGAAUGGCUAAUAGAGCUAUACUGGCAAAAGGCAUAACAUUCAAGUCAAAGCACAAAAUCCGACAAAAUGUGUCCACUCAGAAUACAGACGCGAGUACAAAACCCCCACUUCUGUCAAAGAGUGGUAUUAAUUGGUGUGGGUGGUAUAGCUACAUUAUAAGUUGGAAGUGGUGUGAUAUUUCACCGCUGAGUAAGACAUACUAAUUGUUUCUCCUCAUGUUGUACCAUUAGGAAAAUACAUCAAGAAAGAAGAACAUUUUAGGUUUUAAGAGUGUUUUAAAACUAUUUUUUUAGGCAGAAUAGAUGCGCGGUAGCCGAAUAGUAAAUUAUUGAUGCUCGGUAACACUCACUUUACGUUCAUUAUUCGUUACUGUUUCAUUGAAUUAAUUAAUUAAGAGUACAUGUACGUUUAUCUUUCGAUACGAAAUAUUUUGAUAUGAAAAGACGUCUGUUUAAAGAAUGUUUUGAAACGACUUCACUUCGUGUGAUGCAUCUUUAACCUUUAUGCACUUUUUUUUUUUUUUUAAUCAGAACAUACAGCAUUUUGUAAUCGCAAUCGCAAAACAUCAGUAUUUUUCAAAGAAAUGUUCACUUAUUUAUCGCCAACCCGCUAUGGAUGGUCUUUAGACUAUUUAGUAUUUUCAAAUAAAUUCUUAAAUAGGGCUGCGUUUCAUCACGUGCUGUUGUUUAAGCAGCCGCCGUUAAUUACAUAAAUCUUAUUUACGACUAACAAAAUGUUCAUAAUGUUUUUGAAAAUAAUAGGUUUGGAGUAAACCUUCGACAGUAAUGAUUGUAACUUUUGUUUUCAUCUCGAGUGUCCUAUUUCCUUUGAUAAUUGUAUGUUUUAACUUACCUCGGUCUUAAUCAUUUAAGAAUAUAUUUGAAUGUAUAUGUAUGAUGCAUGGUUUUAUGUUGUUUAAUACACCAUAGCACAACGGACCAUUUUUGUGCACAUAAUUUUC